AUGGAGGGAGUCAUGGCGAGCGUCGUCGUCAUGUUGGCGUUGCAAAAGAGUGAAGCGGUGCAAGAAGUGAAGGGAGACUCGAGAUGGAGGGGUGGACUCACAGUAGUUUGGUCCCGCGACCAGUCGAGUUUGUCUUCUGCGCAAACACGUCAAACAGCCACUGAACAAGGCUCCUCCGGCGGGAAUCCAUCUUCCUCCAGCUCGACGAUCACGUGCUUGCUUGAAAGUCUUGGCCGAGCGAAGUUACGCGCCGAGACGAGGAAGGCGCAAACAGCAGAUCAACUAAAUCAAUCCANNGACGAGCCUCAGUACCCUCGUGAGCGCUCGCGCUCUCCUCGCCCCGACCGUGAUGGCGACAGCAGACUCCGUAGUGCUUCCNCCGCUGCUGCCCGCGAUGACCGGUNNACGUCACCGAACACCUCCGACAUUCAUUUACAACAUGUCAUUGACAACCAUUCCAGCUCCGCCCAACAGAUCCGUGAAGAUGAGGAAGAGGCUGCCAACCCUGGCUCCAACCUUUUCGUUACCGGAAUUCACCCUCGUCUGACCGAGGAGGAGGUUCGCCGUCUCUUCGAGAAGUACGGUGAUGUCGACACUUGCAGCAUCAUGCGUGACCCUCACACCCGUGAGUCGCGUGGUUUCGGUUUCGUCAACAUGGCCACUGGCGAGCAGGCCGACGCUGCCAAGUCCGGCCUUCAGGGCGAGGUCUACGAGGGCCGCACUCUGAGCAUUGAGAAGGCCCGUCGCUCCAGACCCAGAACUCCUACCCCCGGCAAGUACUUUGGCCCUCCUAAGAGAACUCGCGGCGCUCUCCAUCGCCACGUCGCUCGACCUUGGCUCUUGAGUCUUAAAUCGCCAAUUCGAUUUUCCCGUGAACAACAUGCUGAGCGCCAUCCUAAUCCGCCUGACCUUCUUAACAAGGACAUGCGGCAACUGGCCAGAAUCGCUGCCACGACUCUCGGGAUCAGCCAUGAUAAGAAGCUGCUGGCUGCUAUCGUCGAGUCGACUUCAAAGUCUUCC